CACGUGACAGCGCUCUCCCAUGUGCUAGCCAAACACUCUGACUUUUUCAAAACGCAUUUUUAUUGUUGCCAUUUAAGCAGUUAAUAUCAAAUAGCCAACCCGGGAGGGGAGGAAAUGUCAAUCGGCGGCGUCUGUUUAUAGACGAGCGGCUGUCGCUGCUGACGUGUUCGACGUCAUUCUGUUGUCUGCGCUGAGUUUUUGUGGCUCAAACAUGCCCCAGUCUGCAGCUGUCAUCAGUGGGCUCCAGAGGAUGGUUCUGUACGAGACGAGAGCCAGGUAUUUUUUGGUGGGGAGCAACCAGGCUCAGACCAAACACAGAGUGCUGAAGAUUGACCGUACAGAACCCAAGGACCUGGUCAUCAUCGACGAUAAGCAUGUGUACAACCAGCAAGAGGUGCGCGAGUUGCUGGGUCGGCUGGACUUGGGAAACCGCACAAAGAUGGCCCAGAAGGGCCCGUCGGGGCUGUCUCGGGCGGUGUCGGCCGUCGGCAUCGUGGGCUUCGUACGCUUCCUCGAGGGCUACUACGUGGUGCUGAUCACCAAACGCAGAAAAAUGGCCGACAUCGGGGGCCACUCGGUUUACAAAAUCGAAGACACGAGCAUGAUCUACAUCCCCAACGACUCGGUCCGCGUGGCGCACCCCGACGAGGCCAGAUAUGUACGAAUCUUUCAAAACAUGGACCUAUCCAGUAACUUUUACUUCAGCUACAGCUACGACCUGAGUCAUUCUCUGCAGCACAACCUGACGCUGCUCCAGAGGCCUUACGACUUUUGGUCGUCGGCCGCCGAGGACGAGGCGAACGCGCGCAGCAAACAGGACAGCUUCGACAUAUUCGAAGACGAGGGCUUGCCCACGCAAGUGGUUUACGGCGUGCGCGCAGAGCCGUACUACAAGUACGUGUGGAACGCGAACUUGCUGGUGCGCGUCAAGGACGUCGUGCACCCGGACUGGCUGAUGUAUGUCAUCCACGGCUUUUGUGGCCAGUCCAAGCUGCUAAUCUACGGCCGCCCGGUACACAUCACCCUCAUCGCCAGGCGCUCCAGCAAAUUUGCCGGAACCCGCUUCCUGAAAAGAGGAGCCAACUGCGAGGGGGACGUGGCCAACGAAGUGGAGACGGAGCAGAUCGUCCAGGACGCGUCCGUGAUGUCGUUCGCGGUGGGAAGUUACUCCUCGUACGUGCAAACGCGAGGCUCGGUCCCGCUCUACUGGUCACAGGACAUUUCCACCAUGAUGCCCAAGCCCCCGAUACGACUGGACCAAGCGGACCCGUACGCGCACGUCGCCGGCCUUCACUUCGACCAGAUGCUGCAGCGCUUUGGCUCGCCCAUUAUCAUCCUCAACUUGGUCAAGAAACGAGAAAAAAGGAAGCACGAGAAGAUUCUAAGUGAGGAGCUCCAUCCCGCCGUCAUUAACCUCAACCAGUUCCUGCCGUCGCAGCACGGAAUCGAGUACAUCGCGUGGGACAUGGCCCGCUACACCAAGAGUAAACUGUGCAACGUUCUGGACCGUCUGAGUAUGAUCGCGGAGAAUGUGGUGAAGCGUACCGGCUUUUUUGUGAACCGAUCGGACUUCUACUGUCACACACUCCACCCGGACGAAAGAUGGGGAGACUUGGGCGGAAGCAUCUCAGCCAGUGGACGCGUGCAGACCGGCGUGCUCCGGACCAACUGCGUGGACUGUCUGGACCGGACCAACACCGCCCAAUUCAUGGUGGGCAAGUGCGCCCUGGCCUACCAACUCUACGCACUUGGAAUGAUCGACAAGCCGAAGCUCCAGUUUGACACCGACUGUGUGAGGUUGUUUGAGGAGCUGUACGAGGACCACGGCGACACGCUUUCGCUGCAGUACGGCGGCUCGCAGCUGGUGCACCGGGUCAAGACCUACCGGAAGAUCGCGCCGUGGACUCAGCACUCCAAAGACAUCAUGCAGACGCUGUCGCGCUACUACAGCAACGCGUUCUCAGACGCCGACAGACAGGACGCCAUCAACUUGUUCCUGCAAGUGUACCAGCCGGCCGAGUCCAGGCCGCACCUGUGGGACUUGCCGACCGACUUCUACCUGCAUCAGAAGAGCACGAUGGCGCUCCCGGUGGACAGACGCAGCUACACGCUGUGGUGGUCAGAGGGAGUCUUGUCCUACCUCCCGAUCGCCUUCGACGAAGUCCCGUGUGACGAAACCAUGAAGAAGUUGUCGGUGAAACGCGUGAACCGCUUUGACGAGAGCAUCGACAUCUACACGGAGUUCUUCAGACCCUACGAGCUCACCUCCUUCGACGACACCUUCUGCAAAGCCAUGACCAACUCGGCCAGGGAGUUCAUGCCCAAAACGGUGGGAGUGGAUCCCAGCCCGUUCACGGUCCGCAAACCGGAGGAGACGGCGAAAUCGGUCCUCGGCAACAAGAGCAGCAAGGAGGAGACGCUAGUCCAGCGGAAGACGGCGGCCAGCGCGCCCCCUCCGCCCAGCGAGGAGGCCAUUUCCAGCUCGUCGGAGGACGACUCCGAGGAGGACCGCGACGACGACGCCUCCGUCUCGCAGCGCUCGACCCCGGUCAAACUGUGGGUGGAUUCCGCACAAGAGGAGAUCCAGCAGCCGUCCUUCAAGGAGCCCUACGGACUGGACCUGGCCGAGUUCCCCGCCGAGCAAGACCUGCUCAUCUACGACCGGUUUGCGCGCUUGGGCGAGAGCCAGCAGCGGCGAGCGACGAGGAGGGAGCACCUCCACCUGGCAAACAUCAUCUGCUUGGAGCCGGUGUCGCGCUUCCCCGAGGAUAGCGUUUACGUCACGUCGCCGCCGCAGGUGGAGCGCCGCAGCCGCGACGUCUUCGAGAGCCACGUGAUGGCGGCCGGCGGCCAAGUCCGGCCCUUGUGCCGCGAGGACUUGUUGAUGUACAGGGAGUACGUCAAGAACAGAUACAUGUGAAGCUCGCCCAGGACGUAUUUAUUUUUUACUCAAAAGACUUUCAAGUGGACGAUUAUUCAUAUGCAUCGUGUCGUUUUUAGGAUUUUUUUUUUUUUUUCUUUUUAAGACUCACUGUUUUGUUUUGUUUUGUUUUUUUUAAGACCAUGGCCUUUAAGGUGCUUUUAUGUUUAAUAAAAGGAAGAAAAAAAAAUACAAAUAACAUUUGAUUUAAGUGCCAACAUUUUCCAUCCACCCAUUUUCUCAGCCGCUUAUCCUCACAAGGGCAGCAGGAGUGCCGGAGCCGAUCCCAGCUGCCAUCAGGCAGGAGGCGGGGGUACACCCUGAACUGGUCGCCGACCAAUCGCAGGACACAUGGAGACAGACAACAGUCGCACUCACAAUCACACCGACGGGGAAAUUUAGAGUGUCCAAUUAUUGUUGCAUGUUUUUGGCAGGCACGGGGAGAACAUGCAAACUCCACACAGGCG